UUGGGCUGGCUGUGCAGCAUCAUCUGCUGCGCGCUGCCCAUGUGGCGGGUGACGGCCUUCAUCGGCAACAACAUCGUGACAGCCCAGAUCAUCUGGGAAGGGCUGUGGAUGAACUGCGUGGGGCAGAGCACGGGGCAGAUGCAGUGCAAGGUGUACGACUCCAUGCUGGCGCUGCCCCAGGACCUGCAGGCCGCCCGCGCCCUCCUCGUGGUGGCCAUCGUGCUGGCCGUGCUGGGCCUGAUGGUCGCCAUCGUGGGGGCGCAGUGCACCCGCUGCGUGGAGGACGAGACGACCAAGGCCAAGAUCACCAUCGUCUCCGGCGUCAUCUUCCUGCUCUCCGGCAUCAUGACCCUCAUCCCCGUCUCCUGGUCGGCCAACACCAUCAUCCGGGAUUUCUACAACCCGCUGGUGCUCGACCCUCAGAAGCGAGAGCUGGGCACAUCUCUCUACGUGGGCUGGGCGGCAUCCGCGCUCCUGCUGUUUGGGGGGUCUCUCCUCUGCUGCUCUUGCCCCCCCAAAGACGAGAGGUACGCGCGCAGCAAGGUGGCCUAUUCCGCCCCGCGCUCUGCCGUGACCAGCUACGACAAGAGGAACUAUGUGUGAGGAGCUGAGCAGCCCCUCGCCCUCCCUGCUCCUCUCCGUCUGCCUGAGCCUGCUGACUGCCGCCUCUUCGGCUGCUCUCCGUCCCGCAGGACUGCCUUCCCGUGCUCACCCUCCUUCCCAGCACGGGACAGAGGAGGAACGCAGCUGCCUGGCUCGGAGGGCUCUGAUGAGGGGAACGGCCACUUUAGUUCGGACUUUCAUUUCCAUCUGGUGGAGUUUUCUCUUUGACCUAUUGCACCCCGGCUCCGAGGUACCCCCUUCCCAGGGACCCUCUCUCCCGAGGCCCAGGAGGACGAGGUCCUCCAAGCUAGACGAUGCCUUCAGCUUAGCCAUGACUUGUGCCCCAGCGGGUGUUUGGGGUGCGUGGGGGGCACAGGGGCUGAGCUCAAGGUGGGAGGGAGGGUGGUGCCCGGCCCUCGGCCCUUUGCAGAGGCUAAUUCCCCCAGCACCCUUGGGGGGGUUAUCCAAAGACAAGAGGGUGCUAAGG